AUGAGGAAGCUGUUCUUCGUCUCCUUCGUCCUCCUGCUGGCCGCUGCAGCAGUUCACGGUGAAGAUGGUGCGUACAUUGGCGUGAACAUUGGCACGGCCAUGUCGUCCGUCCCGGCGCCGACGCAGAUCACCACGCUGCUCCGCUCGCAGAACAUUCGCCACGUACGCCUCUACGACGCUGACCCGGCGAUGCUUGCGGCGCUCUCCAACACCGGCAUCCGCGUCAUCGUGUCCGUGCCGAACGAGCAGCUGCUGGCCAUCGGCAACUCCAACGCGACGGCGGCCAACUGGGUGGCGCGCAACGUGGCUGCGCACUUCCCCGCCGUGAACAUCACGGCCAUCGCCGUGGGCUCCGAGGUGCUGUCCGCGCAGCCCAACGCGGCGCCGCUGCUGAUGCCCGCCAUGCGCUACCUCCAGAACGCGCUGGUGGCCGCGGCGCUGGACCGGUACAUCAAGAUCUCGACGCCGCACUCGUCGUCCAUCAUCCUCGACUCCUUCCCGCCGUCGCAGGCCUUCUUCAACCGGUCGCUGGACAGCGUGCUGGUGCCGAUGCUCAAGUUCCUGCAGUCCACGGGGUCGCCGCUGAUGCUCAACGUGUACCCGUACUACGACUACAUGCGCUCCAACGGCGUCAUCCCGCUGGACUAUGCGCUGUUCCGGCCGCUGCCGCCCAACAAAGAGGCCGUGGACACCAACACCCUGCUGCACUACACCAACGUCUUCGACGCGGUAGUGGACGCCGCCUACUUCGCCAUGGCGUACAUCAACGUCACCAACGUGCCGGUGAUGGUGACGGAAACCGGGUGGCCGCACAAGGGCGACCCUUCCUCCGAGCCCGACGCCACCUCCGACAACGCCGACACGUACAACAGCAACCUCAUCCGGCACGUGAUGAACAGCACCGGCACGCCGAAGCACCCCGGGGUGGCCGUGCCGACCUACAUCUACGAGCUGUACGACGAGGACACCCGCCCCGGCUCCACGUCGGAGAAGUACUGGGGCCUGUUCGACAUGAACGGCGUGCCGGCCUACACCCUGCACCUGACGGGCUCCGGCGUCCUGCUGGCGAACGACACGACGAACCAGACCUACUGCGUGGCGCGGGACGGCGCGGACCCCAAGAUGCUGCAGGCGGCGCUGGACUGGUCGUGCGGCCCCGGGAAGGUGGACUGCUCCGUGCUGAUGCAGGGCCAGCCGUGCUACGACCCGGACACCGUGGAGGCGCACGCCACGUACGCCUUCAACGCCUACUACCACGGCAUGGGAAUGGGCUCCGGGACGUGCUACUUCAGCGGCGUCGCGGUGGUCACGACGACCGAUCCAAGUCACGGAUCCUGCGUUUAUUCUGGGAAGAACGGGACGUCGCUGAUGAACGGCACCUCGCUGGCGCCGUCGACGAACUCCACGGAUGGAGGCUCCGGCGCGCACCGGGCGUUCGGCGACGUCUCGUCACUCGCCCGCAUCGUCUCCACCGCGCUGCUCUUCAGCGUCAUCCUCCUGUUGUAG